UAGUGUUAAAAGCUUAAUGAAAAACGUCAUGGGUACAGGUCAAACCCAGUACAUUUAUGGUUGUUCAAAAGAACAAGGACUUGAGUUUUAUCUAACUGAGAAAAAUUGUCAACCAAACAGCAGGACAUCACCUCAGGGACUGGUGGUCUAUUUGAUGCACUGACUUCUCAGAGCUUUGCCCUGGAAAACCCAUCAGAUGAGUAUAAUAAGAUACACACUGUAAACGGCUCAAACAGGAGUACAUAGAUGUAGGUCAGCAAGUUAGCAACACAAAAAAGACCUUUAAUUGUGUAAAGGUUGUCUCAUUUCCAACCUUUUCCUUCAGGUACAUUGACUCUGUAGUUAAAGAAUUCUGCGUACAAUAGGAUCACACCUGUAGGUCAUCUAACUUGAGUUCUGAGUCCUAAACAAAGGCUUCCUUCAACUCAUUAUUCAUAAAAUAAUACAAAUCAUUUUAUUGGCAUGUCCCCCAAAACACCUUAAGUGAUUUUUUUUUUAAAAUCUGCAUGUGAAGAUUUUUUUUUGUUUGUUUUAAGCAUAAAAACUGGAAACUGGAGGAAAACAACCUGUGUCUGUCAAACUGUAACAAAAUCUGCCUAGCAACACUUAUAAUGUUCACUAUCGUGCACAGCUGGUUUAGCUGGUCUUUGACUGGUGCAGGAGGGAAAAACUAAUUUUGAAUUGCCUCUUCAGUUAUCAGAUCAUGGAAUGUGGUUUUUUAGAUUGAGCAGAUAUUAUUCUUAAAGCAUCAAGCUGAAGGGUCAAGCAGCAAACUGUAAAUACUACAUGUGGAUAUUAUAAGUUUUGUGCUGUGAAAACUUGUUUGACACAUGCAAAAGCAACAAUAUCCUGAAAAAACAACAACAAGUUGAGCUUUCAAACCUCCUUUUUUCAGCAGCAGCACUCCACCUUCUUCCAUCAGUCUUGGAGAAAUUUAAACGCAGUCUUUAAUUAGCUACAUCUUUCAAGAUAAUUUUAAGUACCCAAGGAGGACGGUGACUUUGAUUCAAAGCAAGAAAAAAAUAUGAGAGAAGAAGAGGAGGAGAGCGUAAGUAGGAGGGAGGGAUGUAGGGGGGGUGAAAAGGGAGCUUGUUACAGUUUGCAGGAAUCACUCCUCCAGGAGUCUGAAUUUUUCAGUCUGGAUGCUGUAGCUUGAGGUCAGGCUCUCUCUGACUUCAUCUGUGCUUCAGUGGCUGUGUGAGGUCGCUGUAUGUCUGGCAUGCAGUCAUGGGCCCCUCAUUGUGCUCUGGGAUUACUGUCUUCCUGGUUGUCACCUUGGCUCAGGUGAUCAUUGUGAGCUGCCAAGGACAUAGCAAGAAAGAUACCUGCACAGAAAAUGGAAAGGUGUAUGCCAACAAUGAUAUGUGGAACCCAGAGCCAUGUCGGAUCUGCGUGUGUAAUAUGGGGACCGCUGUGUGUGAAGAUGUGGUAUGUGAGGGCCUUGGCAACUGCCAGAAGUCUGAGACCCCAGAGGGCCAGUGUUGCCCUGUGUGCUUGACUGCAGCUUCAGUGUCAGCUCCCAGCACAGACCCCACAACAGAUACAGAAGAGAAGAAAGGGGAAUGCCACACAGUCAAUGGGGAGCUCCACCAUCACAACGACAUCUGGAAACCUGAACCUUGUCGAGUUUGUGUCUGUGACAAUGGUGUCACCAUCUGCGAUGAGGUGCAGUGUCGGCCGCUGUCAAACUGUGAGAAGGCCAUCACACCUGAGGGAGAGUGCUGCCCUGUGUGUGACAGCUUCGCCGGUGCCAGUAGGAUGAUUGAAAUUAUGGGCUUCAAGGGACAGAAAGGAGAACCAGGAGACAUCCCAUAUGUGGUGGGAGUCCCUGGACCUCCUGGACCCUUGGGUCCUCCAGGAACUCAGGGACACACUGGACCAAGAGGCUUUAAAGGCAGACGGGGAUUCCAAGGGCCUCCAGGAUUUGAUGGAGAGCCCGGUGUGCCAGGAAAUCCAGGGGAACCAGGACCACCAGGCCAUCCUUCCCCCCCUGGGGGCAACCUAGUGUCACAGAUGGCUUCAGGUUUCAGUGAGAAGGCUGGUAUGGCUGCAAUGCUAUCAGGAUCACGGGGUGAAGCAGGACCACGAGGCCCCCCAGGGCCGACUGGACCACAAGGUCCAAGUGGUGGUCAGGGAAUUCCAGGAGAUGCUGGAGAACCAGGAUCAGUGGGUGAGCCAGGUCAUCGAGGACCAGACGGGCCACCAGGAAAACCUGGACCUGAUGGAGAACCUGGACCUGCAGGGGCUACAGGAGAGCCAGGAUUUCCGGGAUCUGUGGGUGCAAGAGGAUUCCCAGGACUUCCAGGUCUUCCAGGACUGAAAGGUCACAAGGGACAUGCUGGUGUCAUUGGGCAAAGAGGCGAGCCUGGAGCAGUUGGAUCAAAGGGUAAAUCUGGUACUCCUGGUGCACUGGGUGCUCCAGGCCCGCUGGGGCCAGCAGGCUUGCAGGGAGAAAGAGGUAGAGCUGGACCAACUGGCUCUGUGGGAAAGCGUGGUACACCUGGCGAUGUUGGCAAACCAGGCCCUCUGGGUCCGAUAGGAAUCCCUGGUGUGCCAGGAUUUCCUGGUAGCCCAGGAAUGAAGGGCGAAGCAGGACCAACAGGGGUGAGAGGAGGUCCAGGGCUGCAGGGACCCAGGGGGGAUGCCGGUCAUGUUGGACCACCUGGCCCCACAGGACAACAGGGUGCAGAAGGACCUGAUGGAGCUCCUGGUGCCCGUGGUCAAACAGGCCUAGCAGGUGUUCAGGGUCCAGCGGGUUUGCUGGGACCACCUGGUCCCCCUGGCCCUCAGGGAGUUACAGGAGCAUCAGGACCAAAGGGUCAAGUGGGUGAGGUUGGAGUGCCUGGAGUCAAAGGAGAAGCUGGAUUCAAGGGAGAAAGAGGUGACCAUGGUGCUCAGGGUCCAUUAGGCCCAGUGGGAGAGGAUGGUAAGCGUGGGCCACGAGGUGAUGCUGGAUCCAUUGGGCCUCCAGGAUCUCCAGGAGAGACAGGUGCUCCAGGUAAUCGAGGAUUCCCUGGUGCAGAUGGUUUACCGGGUCAAAAGGGAGCACAGGGUGAAAGAGGGCUGCCAGGAUCGGCAGGCACCAAAGGUUUAUCUGGAGAUCCAGGACGUGAUGGAGAGCCAGGUUUAACAGGAGCUCGGGGCCUGACAGGACUCCUGGGUGCACAGGGAGCAGAGGGAAAUCCAGGACCAGUGGGUUCACCAGGAGAAGAUGGAAAACCAGGCCCAGCUGGUUCUGUUGGAAGCAGAGGUUCAGCUGGACCGAUGGGCCUGCCCGGACCGAAAGGCUUGGCUGGUGACGCUGGGAAGACUGGAGAAGCUGGAAGUCUUGGGCCUCCAGGUCAAAGGGGACCAAAUGGAAAAGAUGGAGAGGAAGGCGCUGCUGGUCCAGGUGGCCCAGCUGGUCCUGCGGGGAAAAGAGGAGAGCAGGGACCACAGGGAUUUAAUGGGUUCCAGGGUUUGCCAGGACUGCCAGGAUCACCAGGAGAGCCAGGAAAACCAGGUGAUGAGGGUCUUGCUGGAGAGGCUGGGACUGCUGGGGCUACUGGUCCAAGGGGAGAACGAGGCUCUCCAGGAGAUAGAGGUGAAGCUGGACCCAGUGGCUUGCAGGGACCCAAAGGUAGUCCAGGUGGGCCAGGACCGGAUGGGCCAAAGGGUAAUCCUGGUCCAAAGGGUGCUGUCGGAGAGCCAGGAGGUCCAGGACUUCAAGGUAUGCCAGGGGAGAGAGGCACACCAGGACCUUCAGGCCCGAAGGGAGAUGCUGGCUCUGUUGGAGAGAAAGGACCUGAGGGUAAAGCAGGAGCUGACGGUGCACGAGGACUUCCUGGUCCUGUUGGACCUACUGGUUCUAGUGGACCCAAUGGAGAGAAGGGUGAACCUGGCCCACUAGGGCCUACAGGAGGUCGAGGCUCAAGAGGAAUCGCUGGUUCUACUGGUGAGCCUGGUCCAACUGGUGCUGCUGGCCUCCCUGGACCUUCUGGUCCUGAUGGUCAGCCUGGAGUCAAAGGUGAACCAGGUGAGCCAGGCCUAAAAGGAGAAGCAGGACCACCUGGACCACAGGGAAUUGCUGGGAAACCAGGAGCACAGGGACCUGUUGGUGUGACUGGAUUGAAAGGUGGCAGAGGAUCGCAGGGUCCAGCAGGUUCUCCUGGUUUUCCUGGGUUGCCUGGGGGAGUUGGACCACCCGGCUCUCUUGGUGCUGUUGGGGCAGAUGGACCCAUAGGUGAUCCAGGAAAGCAGGGCCCACCUGGUAUUCAAGGAGAAAAUGGAGCCAAAGGACGCCAAGGAGAGACAGGACCUCCAGGCCCACCUGGCAGCCCUGGAGAAAAUGGAGACUCUGGGGAGGACGGUCCUCUGGGUCCUGAAGGGCCUCCAGGCCCUCCUGGUGCCACAGGACAGAGGGGCAUCGUUGGUCAGCCUGGAGCCAGAGGAGAGAGAGGCAUGCUGGGACUGCCAGGCCCUGCUGGUCCACCAGGAAAACCUGGAGCUCCUGGAACUCAGGGCGGCAAAGGGCCUCCUGGUGGAGUUGGUUUACCAGGGUCCACGGGGCCAAGAGGGGAUGCUGGUCCUGAGGGAAUUACUGGAGAGGAGGGGCCUCCUGGUAAAGAUGGUCUCCUAGGGGGCAGGGGAGACAGGGGUGAUCCUGGUCCAGAGGGUCUGGCUGGUGGAAUAGGGUCUCCAGGAACAGAGGGCCCAGUAGGGAUUACUGGCAGCCCAGGGCAAAGAGGCGAAAGCGGUGCCAGAGGCCCCCCUGGUUCCCUAGGACCCAAUGGAGUACGUGGAAAAGUGGGCCCUCAAGGACCACAGGGAGAAAAAGGAGCUGCUGGAGAACAAGGAGAGAGGGGUCAGAAAGGACACAGAGGUUUCACCGGACUCCAUGGUUUGCCAGGAACAACUGGCACCACAGGGGAUCCAGGAACUAAGGGUAUUGUCGGACCAGCUGGGCCUCGAGGUCCUCCGGGAGUGUUGGGUCCUCCUGGGAAGGAAGGAAACACAGGUCAGCCUGGCCCGAUGGGCGCUCCUGGAAGCAGAGGAGCUAGUGGAGACAUCGGGGCACAGGGUCCACCAGGUGAAACUGGACCCCCCGGACCUCCAGGACCCCCAGGGCCCCCAAGUGCAGCUGUGGAAGAACUCUUUGUCGCCCCUGCCGAUUAUGAUGGGGAUGGUGGUGUGCCAGAAGCUGUGCACUUCAUCCAGGAUGGUGUGGAAGUUGAUCCUCCUCCACCUCCAGAGAUAAACAAAGACGAAGCUCUUCCCAGUAAGAAGUCGGACAUCCUGCGUGCAGACACUGAUGUCCACGCCACUCUGAAGACUCUCGGUGGACAUCUGCAAAACAUCCGCAGUCCUGACGGCAGCAAGAUGAACCCUGCAAAAACCUGCCAGGACAUCAAACAGUGCUACCCCCAGAAGAAGACCGCUGAGUACUGGCUUGAUCCAAAUCAAGGAAGCACUAAGGAUGCCAUCAGGGUCUUCUGUAAUAUGGAAAGUGGGGAAACCUGCAUCUCUGCCAAUCCGUCUAAUAUUCCUCGCAAAGCCUGGUGGAUGAAAUCCACUCCCAGUGCCAACAAACCUGUCUGGUUUGGAGCCGACAUGAAUGGUGGAACUAAAUUCAGUUAUGGAAAUAAGGAGGAGCAGCCUAAUGCAGUGGCAGUUCAAAUGAAGCUGCUGCAGCUUUUGUCCAGAGAAUCACACCAGAACAUCACCUACCACUGCAGGAACAGUGUGGCUUAUAAUGACGCGAAGAGCAGCAACCUGAAGAAAGCACUGCUCCUCAGAGGCUUCAACGGCCAGGACCUGAGAGCUCAAGGCAACAACCGCCUCCGAUACACUGUCAUUGAGGACGGCUGCUCAAAAUCAAACAGUGAGUGGGGCAAGACAGUGAUUGAGUACAGGACUCAAACUCCGGUCAGGCUGCCUAUUGUGGACUUAGCCCCCAUGGACAUUGGAAAACCUGACCAGGAGUUCGGCCUGGACAUUGGCCCUGUGUGCUUCUCAUAAAACAGCAAACACCAACACAAGAUGGACACAAAUAGCUCUGUAAUAACAUCAUCAAAAGUGAUAGUUUGACUUCUUGUGAGCAUACAAGCUGAUAAAGGGUCUUCACACAUGGAUGUAUUUCAUGUAAGUACAGUGUACCUGCUGCAUCUACCGACAUAGGACAGCUGUGUGACUGGUAGGACACUGAUGUAAUUUAUUCAUCCUGUCAAUAAAUUUACAAGAACUCCACAAUGAAAUGCAUGUGGGUGAUAAAAUCCCUAAGGUGUUUUAAUGCGAAACCUAAAUAAACUACUUGCAAAAACUGGAAGAACAGCCAGUUAUACUAAAGCUUAAAGAGAUGUAAGGUCUAUUGGGAACAUAGAGCAGGUUGUAAAAAAAACAAACCAAAAAAAAAACAACAACAAAUAAAACUAGUCAAAUAUCUUUAAUUUUUUUGACUAGUGAUGGCUUUGCACAUCCAGAGGCCUGGAGAGGGUUAGGGUUUGUAUGACAAUGAGUGUAGUUUUUAUUUUUCAUGAAAUAAAAAAAAAUCAUGCUUGAACCUAAAUUAUUAAGUUCUGUGCAGGAACUCAUUUAUCCUUUCAAUCGAAAACCUAUCUCCUUUAAAAAUGUCAACUGUAAA